AUGGCUUGUUUCGAUGAGGUAAUAGCAGGAAAAAGUGCAGCCCAUAAAAAUCCAUCAGAGGAUAAAAAUGAAGGUUCAACGGAAAUAGAUCUGUAUUUGAGUUCUACUAAUAUACACCGUCACGAAAAUCCAUAUAAUUGGUGGCACGCAAGGAAAUCGGCAUUUCCAUAUUUGAUCAAAAUUGCAGCAAAAUAUUUAUCGGCGCCAGGAAGUAGUGUUUAUUCAGAACGCCUUCUCUCCGAAGCUGGAAUGGUCUACAAGAAAAAAAGAAAAACAACGGGAGAGUACAUAACAAGAUCAAUACUGCAAGAAUUAGACAGAAAUGGACUAGACAUUCAAAACUAUCGAGGGCAGGGGUAUGAUAAUGGCGCUAAUAUGGUCGGUAUUAAUAAAGAUGUCGGAACAAGAAUACUCUUUAUAAAUCCGAGAGCAUUCUCUAAGCCGUGCGGAUGCCACAGCUGGAACUUACUUUUAAUUGAUGCCGCUAAAUCUUCUGGAACAUCAAAAAAGUUCUUAGCUUUUGUUAAUAAAAUAUUUGUAUUGUUUGCAAAAUCAAGUAAGCGUUGGGACAUCGUAAGAAUGAAAUUAAAAUUAACAUUAAAACCUCUUUCUGAAACGCGAUGGGAAAGCAGAAUCGGAGCUGUAAAAGCAAUAUUUCUGCAAUUUGAUGAUGUUAUAGAAUGUGUGAAUGAGCUGCAAACUAUGAGUGAUAAUUCGGGAACUCUAAGCGACUGUGACGCAGUCUUGAACGAAAUAAUGAGAUUUGAAUUUAUUGUUGCGAUACAAGUAUGGUACGAGAUGGCAAUCAGUUCAAGUCAACUUGAAAGUGGCUAUUGA